CGCAUCAUCUUGUAUUCUUACUGAAGGCCAAGAGAAAACCAAUCACAUCUUAUUCACAAAGCACCAUGCCUGACGGUCAUCACCACCACCACCAACACAAUAACCACCGCCACAAAGAAAAUCCGGCCGGCGAGAUUGAUUACAAAAAGGAAGAGAAACACCACAAGCAUAAGGAACAUCUUGGGAAGCUGGGAGCUGUUACUGCUGGAGCCUUCGCAUUGCAUGAGAAGAAGAAGGCGAAGAAAGACCCAGAACACUCACACAGUCACAAGAUCAAAGAGGAGAUUGCAGCAGCUGUUGCUGUUGGAGCUGGUGGCUACGCGAUUCAUGAGCAUCACAAGAAGAAAGAAGCAAAGAAGAAAUAUGAAGAGGCUCACGGAAAGAAGCAUCACCACUUCUUUCAUUGAUUUUAUUGAUUUAUCAUGAAUAUAUAUGUAUAUAUGGAUUAUUUAUGGAGCUUCAACUUCUCUCUUGAUAUAUUGUGUUUUGCACUGCAUAUGCUCAAUCUCAUGAUUCUAUUAAGGUAUUACAGUACUCUGUGGUCCUACACAAUGUACUAAUAAUACGUUGCACAAUUGUCUAUUGCAGUAUUGGGAUAGGGCACGACAGAACAAAUUAGGAGAGAAGCUGAAUUCAGAUUUGUGAUGAUAAUAUAGUCUUUUGAUUUACUUUUGGAAAUAUUAAAUAAUUGUUGUUGUAUUUAUACUUCAUUUGAGCAGUAAGAGUUUAUUAAAUAAAAUCUAUUUAUGGAUUUAUUUGUAUGCCCCCUCUCUCUGUCU